UUGUUUCGUAGAAAAAAAGCAUGGGUUACAACCAGUGACUUUGACAAUCGGGACGUUUUGACCAUGUGAACAUUAUAUUAGUGCAGAUUGUAUUGAACAAGAGGGUAACUGUUACACACAGGAUGACUUUAAGAUCGCCAAAGUUGUCAGCAUGCGUAAAUUGUCUUUGCAAAAUUGUUAGAGCAAAUGUGAUCCACCCGAGGAUAACACGUCGGGCAUUAUGUUCUACGACCGCAGACCAUAUUGGUGAGGAUUCCGGAUGGGAAGGCUCAGACUUAGUGCAAAAUGAUACUGGUGGAAGUCUUGUGCAGCGAAAUUUACCUAUUGUCACAUCAAGAAAGAUUGAAUUCCCAAACAGAUAUUUGUCUCCCAAGCAGGCUUGGGUGGAGACACUGUCUACAAUAGAGGACCAGAAGUAUGGCAUGGUGGACUUACACCCAGAAGUAUUUGGUACUUACCCUAGGUUAGAUGUCCUCCAACAGAAUGUUAAAUGGCAAAGAUUGUAUAGACACAUUGAUUAUGCUCAAACUAAAACACGAGCGGAAGUGAGAGGUGGAAGCUUUAAGCCAUGGGUACAGAAGCACUUAGGAAGGGCCAGGCAUGGAAGUAAUCGGUCCCCAAUCUGGAAAGGGGGAGGAGUUAUAAAUGGUCCCAGGGGUCCAAAAAGCCAUUUCUACAUGUUGCCAGCAAGCUACCGAGCUUUGGGGCUUAGAGUGGCCCUCUCUGUCAAGUAUGCCCAGGAUGAUCUUCAUAUUGUUGACUCCUUGGAUAUACCUGAUGAUAGCCCAGAGUACAUUCAGGAUUUAAUGGACACAAGAUUCUGGGGAUUCUCCUGUCUAUUUGUAGAUGACAAUGAUAUGAUGCCUGAGAACAUUUCCCUUGCUGUAGAUAAGAUACCUAACUUCAAUUUAAUGCCAGUGUAUGGCCUGAAUGUGUUCAGUAUGUUGAAACAUGAGACUUUGGUUUUGACUUUGGCAGCAGUUGAAAAAAUUGAAAAGAAACUUUUAUAUCAAAUGCACAAGACUGCACCCCCAAAGAAAUACAGUUACUCGACUCGGUACCAAGAGUGGUGAUCAAUCUUUAUACCAAGACUAGUGAUCAAUCAUCGAUGUGGUGUGUGAUAGAAGACUUUUGUGAAUGGAUAAAUAUUAAAACAUUUAAACCAG